AUGGGGAGGUCUUCACCUAAUGAUAAACUGUUACUUGUCCAAGCGUUGAGGAAGAGAGGACAUGUUGCUGUUGCUGGAGAUGGGACAAACGAUGCCCCUGCUCUACAUGAGGCUGAUAUUGGUCUUGCUAUGGGCAUCCAAGGAACUGAAGUUGCAAAAGAAAGUAGUGACAUCAUUAUCUUGGAUGAUGAUUUUGCUUCUAAAGGUUUUGCCAUUUUGGUUGAGUAUAUGUGGAUGUGUGUGUACGUGGCAGUUCAAAUCUAAACUGUGUGACUGUAUUUAUAAUUAAUAUUCAGUUUUGAUGAUUAGACAACAUUGUAGAAGAAUUUUCGAUGAUAUCAUGUAUCCAUAAAAUUG